AUGGGCCCCCUACAAUCUGCGGUCUUCAGCGGCAAACCGUUUCUCUCCAAAUGCAAAGGCACAUACAUGAUGCAGUGGCUCUUGGUUACUCACCUGUCUACAUCCAACACCUUCGAUAAGUAUCUACAUCUCACAUUAUUGAGUACAAGAGCUAGUAAGCUCAGCAUUCACAGCUCAGGUAGUGGGGGCGUGUGGGCGUGGCUGCAGCAGGUCCCAGGCUGGACGACGUGGAUGACGCGUACUGGCCGUGGUUCUGUUACAGCAGAUGGAUAUUUAUUUGGCUUUUUCUAA